GAGCGGUUUAUAUACCCGGCGUAUCCACUCAUCUGUCUGUCGGCCGCCUUUGCUAUAGAGAUGGUCCAGAAGGCACUGACGGCUAUUAUUCCCCGUUUGACUUACUUUUACUCAUCAUUAGUCUUAGUGUUUGCGAUUGUAUUCGCAUUUCUCUCAAUAUCUCGUGGAUUAGCUCUUUAUAAGGGAUAUCACGCGCCGAUGGAUAUCUACAUGGAAUUGGGAAGAGUUCACAACGAUUACAACAUAUCUUCGUUGAAAACUCCGGUCAAUGUCUGUGUUGGCAAAGAGUGGUACAGAUAUCCGUCGAGUUUCUUCCUCCCGUCGACUAAACACUGGAAAUUGCAAUUCAUUCGCUCAGAAUUCAGGGGACAACUGCCACAACCCUAUCAGUCGGGAAGCGGUGGCACUCGAGUCAUACCUCAACACAUGAAUGAUCUCAAUCUCGAAGAGCCGUCACGUUAUGUCAAUGUCUCUGAAUGUCAUUUCUUGAUCGACACGGACACCGCCGAUGCCAAUGGCUAUGAAUUACAGUUCUCUCGCGACACAGAGAACUGGGAGUCCAUCCAAUCCCUGCCAUUCCUCGACACGAAGAACUCGCCCACACUUUUCCGAGCAUUUUAUGUGCCAUUCAUCACAGAAUCGAAAUGCAAUUUCGUUGACUAUAAUCUGUUGCGAAACAAGCGACUGAACCUCACGUUUGAUACCUAACCCAUCGGACAAUUGCUUUUGAAUCUAGUCUUCGAGACUGAGGACUCAUUUCAAAACUAAUUUCUUAGUCAUAUUUUGCAACAAAUCCUCAAUUAUACAGUCAUUACUGGAUUAGAAUUACGACUAAUACUAUACAAGUAUGAUAUAUGAUAACAAUAACUGUGUUUUUUAAUCGUUUUCUAUUCUC